UAUGAACAUUCCAAGUUUGCAGCCAUGCAGGUUCACCAGCCUGAAGGACAUCAAGGAAAAGGGGGAGAAUUUUGAAUUCAGAAGUGUCAGGAUUAUUGCUAAAGUAAACUCAUUUGAAAUGUCAGCUAAAUCAGCUAUCAUCAGUAAUGGCGAUGACAAAAUGGUCAUCGAUAUCUCCCUUGUGCCUGAAAAAGAAAUGAUCAUUAAGAAGAAAUAUGAAUUCCUCGGUGAACUCAAAAAGGAAAACGAUGAGGUCGUACUCGGGGUCAGAACUUUUAGAGCAAUUGAUGAUGACCAUGACAAAAAUUUAUACGAAAUCACUACCAAACUAUUGAAUAAGUUAAUGGACUCAUAUGAUAGCAAAAAGUCUAUUGAAGAGGAACAGAUGGAAGUUGAUGGAUAAUUUUCAACGCCUAGAGAUCCUCGA